AGUAAAAGAUGUUUAACCGGGUCUAUGUCGCAGAGCUCAUUAGGAAUUGGAAUUUGAUUGCGAGCGAAAGUGUGCUGCGGUGCUUUUUCAAGCUUUCGUUUUUAUUCUGCAGAGCUACUUUUGGCGCUUUCUAUCAUUCAAAAAACAUUGAGUGCUAGUGAGGUGUAUUUAUGCAGUGUUCAAAAGUGAAGAGAGGGAGUACAUCGAAUUUAUAUGCGUUUUUUAUGUUUUUCUGCGGUUUUUAUUUUGAUUUGUAAAAAAUGAAACCAAUUGAAUUCUUAACGUUGGUGAUGCUGCUAAUUAUGACACAUUGUAUCAAUCCAAUUGUAAAUUCUCCUGCAUCUGAGCGCAAUCAACCACCAAACCUACUUAAAAAUUAUAUUCCCGCAUCAAUGCACGUGCUCCACCACUGUAUUGAAUCGAUCCAAUAUGAGCCUGUAAUGAUGUCAAUGGUAACAACAGCAAAACCAACGACCACAACAACUGCAGCCCCACAGCGACCAACAACGUUUCAUAAACCAGGCUAUUUCGGUCCAGCCCAACCUCCUCCAACUCCUGCCACUGCCAUCACUAGCCCCACUUCCAACGUAACACAUCAAGAACAAACGACGAAACCGAGCACGGAAACCACAGAAACUUUACUCUGGAAUGAUAAACAGUUCUUCGAAUGGUUUCUCCAAAGCAAAUAUAAGCAAAUUAAAUUGGAUAAUGAGUAUGAUCUCCAGUUGCUGGAUCCAUUGCCAUAUCGAUUGAGGCAAGAUAUUGAUAAUGAGCGUAAUGAAUUACCCGCAUUAUUGGAUAUAGACAAUGUAAAUGAGUUCCGAAGAAUCUAUGAUGACAAGUAUCCUGGUGGCGUAGAUUCACUGAUAGAUUCACAUAAAACAAAUAAUGGUGGCAAUACUGAGGAUGUAAAUAACCGUAUUAGUGGCAGUGGAAAUCCAGGAGGAAAAGGAAAAAAACGUGUGCCUCCUACAAAGCCAUACAUUCAUAUGCUGAUGCUUUACGACCUGCUCAAAAGAGAGGCCAAAAAGUUUAUGUUCAACAUGUCCGAGGGUUAUGGUCUCGAAAUAAUUUCGUAUCUCUCUCAGAUCAAAGCAAAUAGUUGUCAACAGCAACUGUUGUCCGUGCUUGCUCGUAUGCUGGAGGAAAAGAACAUCGAAAAGGCAGACGUCGUGUCACGAACUAAAGCGAUGAUAGCAGAACUAGAAAAUCCUAACGGCCAGAUAGCGACGACGCUCUCGCUUUUCCCGCCACUAGUAUUCGUUCCAUAGGAAAACAUGCCGUUUGGACGCGCGGAUGUCGAUAAUUAGGAUGCUAAUGCAGCAAUAUCUGUACAUUUCAUUGCUAUCUUCACUUUAUGGCGGUAACAUAAACGAAAAAUAUAAAAUAAAGCCUCUCGA